UUUUAAAUUUGUUCCGGCAGAAAAUUCGGUUUUAUUUUCUCUCUCUCUCUCUGUUUGAUUGGAUUUAGCAGAUAGAAAUGCAAGAGCAGGCGACGAGCUCCCUCGCUGCGAGCUCUCUGCCUUCCAGCAGCGAAAGGUCUUCGAGCUCUGCAUUCCAUCUUGAAGUUAAAGAAGGCAUGGAAAGCGACGAGGAGAUCGGAAGAGUGCCGGAAAUCGGCGGCGAAUCGGCAGGAGCGUCGGCUUCCGCCCGGGAAAACGGUUCGUUGGCCGGUCCAGACCAGGUCCAAACGGCUGGUGAGAGUCAGAGAAAGAGAGGAAGAAAUCCAGCAGACAAGGAAAGCAAGCGGCUGAAGAGGUUGUUGAGGAACAGAGUUUCAGCACAGCAAGCAAGGGAGAGGAAGAAGGCAUAUUUGACUGAUUUGGAAGUGAGAGUCAAAGAAUUGGAGCAGAAGAAUUCUGAGCUUGAUGAGAGGCUUUCCACUUUGCAGAAUGAGAAUCAGAUGCUUAGACAUAUAUUGAAGAACACAACGGCAAGCCGGAGAGGAGCAGAUGGUAGUGCAAAUGCGGAUUGAUCCUCGUAGGACAUGGAGAGGAGCAGAUGGUAGUGCAAAUGCGGAUUGAUCCUCGUAGGACAUGGUGUGAGAUCGGAGUGUUCAUAAGACGUUGCGAGUGCAAAAGUGGAGGCGAUACAACUUGAAGAACCUAAGAACUUAGGCAUGCUUAAUCUUAGAUUGGAUUUCCUAUAAGUAAUCUUCACUUGUACUUGUUCUUUUCUGUCGGCGAUAUGGUGCAGGUUUUGAGCCAAUUGCGUCGACAGCGGUGGGUAUGGUGGGUAGUAGCAGAGGUGUAAAGACUGUAAGUCCAGGAAAGGUGUUUCAUGAGAUGGAUAAGCACAGAGCUAAUGGAAAUGGUAGUGGUUUUAGCCUUCGUCAAAAUGUAAUGGGGUUGUUAGUGGAGUUGUCUCUAAUUAUUUUUUGUCCAAAUGUACUUAAGUUUUAUGGGGAGUCAUGUGCCCAUCUUCAAAUGGAAUGGUAAACAUAAAGAAAAAUUACUUUUUUUUAUAAAUUAAAAAAAAUUAUGAGCAACAGAUAUAU